CCUUUGGAAUGUGAACGCUGGUGCGCAUGCUUGUUUUGUGGUGUUUCCUUCCACUUCGGGAUUUUAUUAAUCAAAAUGGAAGUAGCUGAGGAAUUAUCGCUCUUCAAAGCUAUCGAAACUCUCGUAAAAUAUCCAGAGGCUUUAAUGUAUACCUAUAUGAUGUAACAAUUAUUAUGCUGAUUUCAUUGGCUUAGGAUUAACGGAAUAAACGGAGCUGGUUCCUCCAGCGGCCUAAAGUUAUUGCUCUCUCGGAUGUUGGACAAUCUAAAUAAAAAAUAAAUGGCGACUUCUGGAAGAGGCGAUGGAAUGUCCGGCCGACCAGCAAGGCAACCUCCGGCCCCUGGUAAUUAUCCAGGGAACCAAGGUAUAAUACGUGGUAUGAAGCAACUGCAAGUGAGUGGACCAAGCGCAAUUAUAUCGGGUGACCAGCCGAACCCAAAUGACCAAGCAACAACCCCAUGGACUGUGACGAAUGUGGGGCAAGACAAGCGUGCCACAAAACAUGCCAAGGCAUUAAUGGAGAUCAGAAAUGACCUGCAGAGUUACGAGCAGACUGGAGAUGUUGACCGAGAGCUGCUGAAUCGAUGUAUUGCCCUUGGAUUCGAUGAGGAAAUUUCUCGCGAGACUCUUCGAGCAAACCGUGAUAAGGAGUUUGGUGUAGUCCUCGCUACCUUGAUGUCUCUCACACAAAUUUCUGGUGGGAAGUCCAUUAAAAAUCUCGCUCCUGGCAGCUUGCAGUAUUCAAGAGGAGGCAGCCCAGGAUCAGGGUCAACUUCACGCCUAGUUCGCAAUGAGCAGGCCUCGCAAAAUCAAAAGUUAUUUGGGCACCCAUCCACACAGGUAUGGAACACUAGCAGUUCAAACCCAACCAGCACAAGUAGUGUGUUUAUUAAAAGUACUGCUGUUCCACCAGGUCGAUUAGACAACAGGAGUGGUUUUGUGCGCGGGCAGGGUAUCGAUUCUUCGCUGAAAGUCAGCUCUGUUAUGAGCAAUGAGCCUUUGAGAGUUGAAAGGGGGCAGUUUAAUGUCAGCGAAAGAAAAAUAUCAGAGACAUCAUUGAAUAACUACCCUGAAGUAAGACUUAGACAAAACAGGCCCAGCAAUAGAGAUUCACAGAAACGAUGGUCGGCAGAUGUUCUUCAAAAGACUAAGGCUUUUGAUUUACCAAAUAAAAGAAAUUCUUUAGCGUUUGAAGUCGGAGAUCGAAGAUCACCUUUUGACAUUCCAAAUAAACCCCCUCCUCCAUACCCCGGCUUCACUCAAACCCACACACAACAAGAGCCAAGGUUUGAUCAGUGGGUGGGUUUAGGUAAGUUGCCUUCAGGAAAUGGAAAUAUAAAAAAGAUUGCAAGCAUGGAAACGAUUGCGAAAAUCGGGACAGAAUCACCAAGAAUUAACAGUCCGGUUACGAUUGUCAGUGACAACAGAAAACAGUUCCUGAACGGAAGUGAAAUGCAGACAGUACCACAACCUGAUGUGUCUGCAUAUUCAAAUAUAACAUUAAGUAAGCAGUAUCAGUUAAGAGAUCCACCACCGUACCAUUCUCAUUUGCCUUUGAAGAGGACAUACAGUCCCAACGAAAGAACAAAUGCGUCUGUUGCACCUCGGCAUUAUCCCGCUUCUACUUUAAGUCAGCAGGUACAAUCUUUUCCCCAUUCAAAUGGACCGCAAAUUGUUACUGUAGACAGCGCAUUCAUACCGAUCAGGCAAGACAACUUCCCUGAAAAUACAUCAAACAGCGGGCCAGAUGAGAUUUCAUUGUCACGUGGAUCACCUCCACCCUAUCCUGGAUUGGAAUCACGUUUAACGGCAAAAGAAAAACGAUUUUCUUAUGCGUCUGAUGUAGAUUCAGGCACAUCCAGCAAACGUGCUUCUGCAAUAUUCGCAGAUGGAUCCACUCAGUCCGACUCUUCUGGAAGCACGUCUCCUACUCCUGAGGCGAUAGAAAGCCGUUGCUCUCCCCUGCCGAUGACCAACUCACCAUUCCACACGCUUGUCAUUCAUUCAUCUGAAACAGAGGCUAAAGUGGAUGAAGAUACUGCCAAAUAUGAGAAGGAGCCAGUAAGUUCCCGUCUAAAGGGUUGCUCGUCACAAGCAUUCAAGUUUUACAUGGAGCAGCAUGUAGAAAAUGUUCUUAAAUCACAGCAGCUUAGAGAAAAACGUAGAAAACAGCUGGAGAUUGAAAUGAGACGAGUAGGUCUGUCUGAAGAAUCUCAAACAGAGAUGAGAAAAAUGUUAGUGCAAAAGGAAUCGAAUCAUAUUCGAAUGAAGCGAUCUAAAAUGACUCGUUCCAUGUUUUCCAAAGUAAAGACUCUGGGCAUGGGUGCUUUUGGAGAAGUUGCUCUUGUUAGAAAGAUCGAUUCGAAUGCACUGUACGCUAUGAAAGUGCUCAGGAAAACAGAUGUGCUUCGCAGGAAUCAAGUAGCACAUGUCAAAGCAGAGAGAGACAUCUUGGCAGAGGCAGACAAUGAAUGGGUCGUUAAGUUGUAUUAUUCGUUCCAGGAUAGUAAUAAUUUAUAUUUCGUUAUGGAAUACGUGCCAGGAGGGGACCUUAUGGCACUUCUUAUUAAGAAAGGGAUAUUCAGCGAGGAAUUGAGUAAAUUUUAUACAGCAGAACUUGUUUUAGCAGUAGAGUCAGUACACAAAAUGGGAUUUAUUCAUCGCGACAUUAAACCUGACAAUGUGCUUAUAGACCGAAAUGGACACAUAAAGUUGACUGAUUUUGGCCUUUGUACUGGUUUUCGAUGGACCCAUGACUCAAAGUAUUAUCAGCAAGACCCUAAUCAUGCAAGGCAACCGAGUAUGGAGCCAGAAGGGGGAUGGGAGAAGAUGCUUGACGAUGGUCAAUGUGACUGCGGAGACAUCAUCCGGAAGUUUGAUUUAUGUAAGCCAUUGGAUAGGAGGGCAGUGAGACAGCAUAUGCGUUGUCUUGCGCAUUCAUUAGUCGGAACACCGAACUAUAUAGCACCAGAGGUAUUGCUUCGUAUACCAUACACACAGCUAUGUGACUGGUGGUCAGUUGGUGUUAUUCUUUAUGAAAUGCUGGUUGGACAGCCGCCGUUUCUUGCAAAAUCUCCAGCUGAUACUCAGAUGAGGGUUGUUCACUGGCAAAGUACAUUGAGAAUUCCGCGUCAAGCAAAAACAAGCUCCCAUGCUGAAGAUCUAAUCUUGCGGUUAUGCACCGGGGCUGAAAAUCGCAUUGGUAGACAAGGAACGGAUGAGAUCAAGAAGCACCCCUUCUUCAGCGGUGUUGACUGGGCUAAUUCGUUGAAAAACAAACCCCCGCCUUACAUUCCAAAAAUCAAACAUGCCACUGAUACUUCCAAUUUUGACUCAGUUCCCGAAAAGGACACUAUGAAUGAGGGGGAUGACCCUUAUGACGAAGAGAAGCGGAAAAUAUUAGAAAAGGCUCCGCAGCAUGCUUUUUACGAAUUUACCUUCAGAAGGUUCUUUGAUGAGGGCGGUCAUCCCCAAGCGUUGUGCAUUGAAGAGGACACAUUUGUAAACCCACAGCAAGAACAGAAUAGCUGUAAUGUCCCAAACAAUAAAAGAAGUGUGACAACGAGUGACAAAUCCGUUCCUGUACCAAGUAAAGUUGCAGCACCUCCAUUUAAUCAACCGAAACUGGAAGAUAAGGCCCCAGUGUAUGUGUAGCAGGUCACUGCAAGUCUUGCUGAAGUCGUGUACUUAAUUGUAAGUCAUCAGAAAUCAAUUUUUGGGAAACUUUGGCUUUAUCAACUCUUCAGAACACGCAAAUUGUACAAAAAUGGUACUUUCUUUGCAAUAAAAGGGGAAGAAUGAAGCGUAAAGUAAAAAUGAUUUGGUUCAAGAGGGCAUCGUUGCAACCCUUCUGUAAUCAUUCUAGUAUUAAAAGUAGUUUAUUUGCACUUUAUUUCGCCUACUCGUAUAAAUGUACCCUUUGCUGCUUUAUGAGAAAUUCAUUGCAAAUACUAACCUACAAGAUGAUUAAUCUUAUAUGUUUCAUUUUACAGAGGACUUGCUGCCUCAACAGUCUUUGCUUUUCCGUCUACUCAAUGAUUAUUAAUGAAGUUUCAUUUCGCCAACUUCAAGCGGAGGGUUUGUCUCGUUUGAUUUUACAAGGCAGAACAACCCUGUUCUAUGCUUGUAGAUCUAUUACACCUAGUUAUGAACUCUUUUGAUAUUUUUAGAUCAAGGAAAUACGAACAAUAAUAAUCAGUAUCAUAUUAGCUACACAGUAGCCCUAGCAAAAUAGUGUAGCAUUUCCCAUGAUGUUUUUUGGCUUUAAAGCUACCCAUGUUAUUCAAAAAGCCUUUGUCGAGUGUUUCUUGCCAUUAACAAAUUAACGUGUAGCAAACAAUGCAUGAAUUGUACAGUCAGAUUUAGCAUGCAAUUUUAUACAAUCCUAAUACCUGUACAUGUGUCAUAUAACGUUUUCGUCAUAAAUUUGAACUGUUAAUUCUGAUGUUUAUCAGGUGAAUUUUCAAUGUAUUUUCAAAUAAUUUUGAUUUGAAAUAAUCUAUUUUGUAUACAUAUUUAAUAACCAGUAGAACAUACCCCAUAUUGUGGGAAAAUGUUUGUUUAUCAAGCUCAGUGAAUCUGCAAUGACGUAUACAACCAAACUAGACAACCAUUGCUUUGUGACCGACCGCCGGUCCUGUAGCCGACCGUAAAUGCUUAUCUCAAUUCGUAACAUCAUCAUGGAGAGGGUGAGCUUGGUAUCGCAUUGGUAUCGCAAUAAAUGCACACGUCAGCCGCCUGAAAGCUGGAAUAUGAAAAUGUAUCUCGAAAUAUUCCGUCUUAUUUUCAUUAACCUUGAGAUGUCGCAUCGGAUAGAACCUCUUUUUAAUGCGAUUGCAUGCCAAUCCCAUCAUACUACUUGCAUUCAGGGGCCCUUCAUUCUACUUUUACGUCUAUACUCGCGCCGUACAGGCCCCCUUGACCACAGAAGCAGCAUCCAUGGGGAAGGAAGCCUGUCAGCCCCUGAACAACAGCAAUACGGUAUGCUUAAUCUGCUUUGCGUUUCCAAUUUAUGAGUUUUUGCGUGGAAGCUUCAAACUUGUAUCUUCAAGAAAUACGCAGCAGAGCCAGGCAAGCAGUUACGGAUCAAUUUUAAUUUUACACAUCAAUGAUGUCAUAAUUUGUUUUACCUUUGUACGAGUGUAGAAAGUGCUUGUUGGAACAUUUUAUAGGAAAGUCGUCAGUUCAGAGUUCUAAAGAACUUUUGCGAAAGAUUUAGUUAUCAUGGAAAGCAUUUAGAAUAUGUACUCUUAGAAAUGUAAAGAACAAAGUUUCUCUUGGUAGCUGCUUGUCAAAAAUUAUCUAGCCUUAGAAACAAAGGGAUUUCUCCGGGAAAAUAUCAUCGUUUAAAACGAUAAAAUUGAAUUGACAGAGGGCGUUGUGAAGUAGAGACGAAUAAAGGCAAACAGUAAGUUUUUGUCACAACGGGACUUACAGUACUAUAAUGAGCAAACAUUCUUGAUAGUAUGUGCGC